UGACCUUUCUUCUUUCUUCAUUAUCUCCAAUUCCAAUUCCUUAUCUUUCUCUCUCUCUCUCUCUCUCUCUCUCUCUCUCUUUCACUCUUUUUCCACUGUUUCUUCUGUAUAAACCACUGUUCUCACUUCUUCCAAAAAUGGGACGAUCACCAUGCUGUGACAAGGUGGGGCUGAAGAAAGGGCCAUGGACGCCGGAGGAAGAUCAGAAGCUCUUGGCGUAUAUUGAAGAACACGGCCAUGGAAGCUGGCGUGCUUUGCCAGCAAAAGCUGGACUUGAGAGGUGUGGCAAGAGCUGCAGAUUGAGAUGGACUAAUUAUCUAAGGCCUGAUAUUAAGAGGGGAAAGUUCAGUAUGCAAGAAGAACAAACCAUCAUUCAACUCCAUGCACUCUUAGGGAACAGGUGGUCGGCAAUAGCAACACAUUUGCCAAAGAGAACAGAUAAUGAGAUAAAGAACUACUGGAACACGCAUCUGAAGAAAAGGUUAGACAAAAUGGGUAUUGAUCCGGUGACUCACAAGCCCAAGAACGAUGCCAUUCUCUCCACCACCGAAGGCCAUUCCAAGAGUGCAUCCAACCUAAGCCACAUGGCUCAGUGGGAGAGUGCCAGACUCGAAGCAGAAGCAAGAUUGGUCAGAGAAUCAAAACUACGUACCUCACAUUCAUCAUCACCCUCAUUGCAGCAUUCUCUAAUUGGCACUUCUGCAUCAUCAUCGUCUUCUUCGGCUCCACUGUUACCCUCCUCAACACCUUCUCUCGAUCAUGCUUGGAACAAUGGUUGUAGUACUAGUACGGUUGCCACCAGGGUCAGUGACCUUGAGUCCCCCACUUCUACCUUAUCUGAGAACAACGCGCCACCGAUUAUGACUAGUGUGAUUGAGUUUGUUGGUUCUUCUGAGAGAGGGACGGUGAAGGAAGAAGGAGAGCGAGAAUGGAACAAAGGUUUUCAUGAAUACAAAGAUGGUGGUAUGGAAAAUUCCAUGCCCUUCACGUCUAGUCUGCAUGAGUUGACAGUGACCAUGGCAACCACGUGGGGUUCCAGCACUACCAGUGCACAUGCACAUGCACAUGGACAUGUUUCUGAGGAGGGAUUCACCAACCUUUUGCUCAAUUCUAACUCCGAUCACCGGAGCUUGUCGCCGGAGGGUGGUGCAGAGUCUAAUAAUAAUUGUCAUGGUAAUGGUAGUGAUGGUCAUAACAACGGUAACCAUAACGAGUUAUACGAAGAUAACAAGAUCUAUUGGAACAACAUUCUUAAUUUGAUGAACUGUUCUUCCCCUUCGGAUUCACCCAUGUUCUGAUUGAGUUGCAUUGGAACAGGAAGGUAAAUAAAUCCUCGGUUUACUUUGACCAAACAUGUGUGUUAAACUUUUGUACCUUCUCUCUUCUCUCUUCUCUCUGUUAAAUGUUAUGAAUAUGUGGGGUCUGGUUUGAAAUUUACAUAGAGAGAAAUUAAUACAAAAUUUCAACACCAAUAGAGACCAAAAGGAGGGUCCAUUCUAGUGUUGGAAGUGCUUCAAUUGCUGCGUCCAUCAAACCAAACCAAGGGCCAUUGAUUUUCUUCUGUGUUGGCAUUAGAAGGGAACAUAUAAACACAAGAAGUGUUGGUUUCCAACAGUAUGGUUGUAUUUUUUUGUCAAUGCUUUCACAUAGAAAAUUGUGUGGCGCUUCCCUACAUCAUUAAAUGUUCAUAUUAUUAAAUUGUUUUGAAAUA